AAGCGCUGCACCGCGCGAGGUUCUUGACGGGAUAAUAAAUGUAACCAAUAUAAAAGUAGCGAUACUUUGUAGCCUACCAGUGCAUAACACUGCAUGCUUGCGACUCACAUUGAGCCGUCAAGAGGAGUAUAGCCUAGAACCAGAGCUUUGCGGGGCACUGCGCUACAACAAGGUUACUGAAGUACAGCCAAAGAGAAGAAAAUCUGAGAAAUAUACACAUGAUGGACCGCCCGGACUGUGGCAACUGAUACACGUUUCUCCAGUUUAGUGAUGGCAUCGAUGUCCAACGUUGUGUGAAAUUCCGGUAGUAAAUUGGGAAGCAUCCGUAUCCGGACACAGGAGAGGAAGGAUUUCAGCGCCACUAUUCUAAAACAUAAAGGAGCCCAUAUUAGACCUGGAUCAAUACAUCUCAUUAAUAUUUUACAACGACAUGAGAAAGAACACCUCUCCUGCUUAAUAAGAUGUAUCCACACCAUCGAGAAAGGGAGCAACCGAUCUUCAGCGCCAGGGCCCAUGUGUUCCAGAUCGACCCGAACACCAAGAGGAACUGGAUCCCCGCCAGUAAGCAUGCCGUCACCGUCUCCUUCUUCUACGACGGCAACAGGAAUGUGUACCGCAUCAUCAGCGUGGGCGGUACCAAGGCCAUUAUCAACUGCACCAUUACACCCAGCAUGACGUUCACCAGGACCUCGCAGAAGUUUGGCCAAUGGGCGGACAGCAGGGCCAACACGGUCUACGGCCUGGGCUUCGCUACAGAGCAGCAGCUGCAUCAGUUUUCUGAGCGGUUUAAGGAGGUGAAAGAGGCUGCCCGUCUUGCACGCGAAAAGUCCCAGGAUAAGAUGGAGCUGGCCAACACAGCCCUCAGCAUUGCUGCCCCACAGUUCUCACAGGACCUCAGUGAUGAGCUCCAGUCGCCGCCGGUGAUGUGUGUGAACGGUCCUGAGGACAAGAUGUUCCGGAGCCAAAGCGCAGACAUCACACUGUCUUCUGAGAAGGAGCGCAUUAAAAAGAUGCUUUCUGAAGGGUCUAUCUGCGAGAUGAACCUGGAGGCAGAGCUCUUCACCCUGCAGGACAGCAACUCCAAGCUGGUGGCGGCGCUACAUGAAGCUAACAAUAACGUGGAGCAGUGGAAGAAGCAGCUAGUUGCCUACCAGGAGGAGACCGAGAGGCUACGAGACCAGGUGGCUGAUCUGGAGGCACAUGGCGGACACGGCCCUAGUGACAUGCUCAAAGACGAGUUGACUCGUUCUCUGGAGGAACUGGAGGCCCUGCUCAAGGCUAAAGAUGAGGAAAUCCACAUUCUGCAGAACAAGAAAGAAGAAUACCAUGAGAUGGAGCAGGAAAGAGAAGAGGCCAUACAUCGAUUACAGGAGAUGGAGAUGCGUAACCUGGAGCUGGAGCGGCGGGUGCAGAACGUGGAGCAGAACCUGUCCGCCUCCCUGGAGGAGCGGGACCGCACGGAGAGUGAAGUGCAGAGGGCCAUUGAGAUCCUGGACGUCAAGAUCUUUGACCUGAACGACCUUCGGCAGAGCAUGGUCAAGCUCAUUGACAAAUAGUGUGAAAGAGAAGAGGAUGGGUCUCUUAGCGAAGGCCAAUGCAAAGAGAGGAAUUUGGAAAAGAGAACGAGCUGGUCCUCUCUUGCUAUAAAGCACAACACCACUUCUGCUGUGGGRAGAUGGCUGCUCUGGGUCCUUACAGCAGCAGCAGCAUCACUGUACAGCUUGUUAAGCGUAGGUUGUGGUGUUACCUAGGCAGUGUAUCUGCUAUGUCCGAUGUUGUGCUGUAAUUCAUGUUGCUGUCUUAACAUUCUAGGCAAUGAUCUAAAUGCUACUGUUCAUUUGAGAUUAAGAAUAUUGUCAAGAAUGAGAACAAUAAGGAGAUCAUUAGGUGCUUGUAGAUAUAGUUUUCAUACUUUUGAAAUCAACUGAUUUUAUACAAAAUUGGGAAUGUAAUGCUAUAAUGAGCAAUGUGGAUUAUUCUCCAGUGAGAUAAAAAAUGGUUUUGAGAGAUCUUUCAGUGCAACCAAACUAUGUAUUUGGAAAGAAGCAGUACACCAUGCAGAAAAUAGAUUUUUUUUUUUUUUUUUAUGUGGUUGACAGCUAUCACCUCAUCCAAUUAGAAUACAACUCAAGAUAAUUGACAAAAUAUUCACUUUUUUUUUUAUACAUCUGAGCAAAGUUAGUGAAAGUGUCAGAGGCCGAAAGACAUGCUGCCGCAGUGGAGUUAACCUGUGACAUGUUAACGAUUCAUGCAUCCAAUAAGAAACUAAAACGCAUGCGUCAAAGAAUGAGCGAUCUGUAAAGAAACAAUGAUUCACUGUACUGUUUGACACGUCAGCUGUCUCCGGGUUUGAGUUGUAGAUAUAGAACUUUAUUGGUACCAUGGCAUGUUGGUAGUAGUGUGAUAAGAGGUAUGAAGCAUGAGGGUAUCUUGAAUUCCUGUGAAUGUUCCAUCUAAGAACUAAAGACACCAAAGAGAGUUGAGUUCUCAAAGUAAGAGCUUUCGAAAGCUUGACUCAGCUUCUCCUGUGUUCAUAGAAUGUUAAAUUAAAGCUUAGAUUAGUCCUGAUAAUUAGGUAGAUGAUUUAGGCGAUAAGAAUUACAUGUAAGUGCUUGCUCUUGCAAUAAAUCAAUGUAUAAAUUAAGAUUUGAGCAGUUGUCUCUAGCCAAUUGUCCAGUAGUGAGAUUUAAUUGAUAUAAAUGUAUCAUUGACACUU